AUGGAACCAAAACUGAAUUUUCCCAGAGACACUGAUUUUUCUGGGACUCAUGGCUUUCCAAGCUACAUCGCGCCUAGCAACAUGUUUAAUCUUGGUUUUGAUGGGGAUGCUGACCUUAACAGUCCUGAAAAUGACCUGGAUCUUUCAAUGAACUGCUCAUUAACUAGUUUGAUGAUGAAUGCUGGGGCUUCUACUUAUGAUAUUCUGAAUGGUGCCCCUUCUACUCAGUUUUCAGCCACUGGACUUCUUCAAAAGAUGACGCUGACAGGAGGUAGUUACAACAAUUUAACCCUGAUGAAGAGCAUGGGGAGCACUUUGUCUGGUGGAUUGAAGUUUGAUAGCUAUGGGGGAGCUUUGGGAGCUGGAAUGAGUGCUGGCAGCGGAGGUGGUGGGAGUACCUUUCCAGAUAUGUACAAAAAUCAGAACGGGAGCGGUGGAGGUACCCGAGGAUAUAGGAGUGGCAUGGAAUACUUUUGUGAUCAGAUGAAUGCUCCAUACGGAGAAAUGAUGUACAAUGAGAAGACUGCUGAUGGAAUGUUGGUUGGUGAGCAGAAUAAUAUUAAUGCUGCUAUGGUGGAGCAACAGAUGAUGUUUGGCAGGGAGUAUGGUGAUAAUCAUACAAGGGAUGUUCUUGGCUUGCGAAAUGGGAUGAAGACUGGAGGUGGGAUGGUGGCUGAUCACAAUGAGAAUGGAAUUGGGACCAAGUGGCCGGACAGCAAUGCUAGCACAUCAGCUGAGGCCAGGCCUUUUGUUCCUAGAGGCCGUGGGGGUUUUUAAACCACCCAUGCUUGGGGCAGGAGAUCCAACAUGGCUGAGGCAGAUGCAUGGAGUUACUUCUACCGAUCCCUGGAUCUCUUCCCGAAAGCAAAGUUGAUCAGGGAGCAGGAAGCCAUCAUUAGUUUCCUUUUAUAUUGAAUAGAACUUUGGGAUAUUUAUGUUUCUAUUUCCGUUAUUCAACCUGAUUAAUAAUCGAAUGCAUGCUAGAAUUUUAAACUUCUAUGGUGGAAAGUUUAUUUAAGUAUGCUGAUGUAGA